AUGACAACACAGGAGGAGAUUUCAAACAUCUUCAAUAGUGAUGGGAAAUUGCUGCAAAUCGAGUAUGGCUUGGAGGCGGUGAACAAUGCCCUGCCUGUUGUGACUGUUAAAUCUAAGAGCAUGAUAGUCUGCGCAUCGAAGAAAGCCCCCCGCGACAAGCUUGAGGAAUCGGACUCCACAAGCUUCUACAAGGUGUCUGAGAAGUGCUACGUGGCGAUUACCGGGCUUCCUGGAGACAUUGACUAUGUUGUGAAGAGGAUCAAGAUGGUUGCAAACAGGAAGACCUUCUCAUUUGGAACGGAGGUGACGCCCGAUAUCCUGUGCAGGUCUUUUGCAGAUAAGAUCCAGAAGCUUAUUCAGAGCUCUGAAGAAAGGUCGGCUGCAUUCAAUGCAUCAAUAUUUGGCUUCGAUGGAGAGAAAGCAACUAUCUAUCAAACAGAUAUGUCAGGGAUUUCGUAUCCUUGCUAUGGAACUGCGGCAGGAGAAAGGCAUGGAAAGAUGACUAAGUUUAUUGAAAAGAGCUAUCGUAGGGACAUAGAGGACAAAGAACUCUUCGAGAUAGCCAUUGGGGCGCUGCUUGAAUCCAUUGGGGCAGACACUGGAUGCUCUGAAAUUGAGGUGGGGUACUUGAGAGCAGGAAAAGAUCUAUGCUACUUGUCUGCAAAAGAAAUUGAUAAGAUUCUACAGGACAUAGCGGAGAAAUAA